AUGAUUACAAAAACGACGAGUGAUUAUGGUGAAGUUGCAACUCCAGCCAAACAACAGUGCAAAUCGGAAAUUCCUGCCGUCCAAAGUAUAUCCAUAUCCGAUCACACGUGGUCCAGUGUUGGUUCAGUGGCUCAGUUCAUCAAGUACUUGCUCACAAUUUUGGCCGUUAUUGGGCUGCCAAUUCUGCUACUUCAACUAAUUCUGGUCCCACUGAAGGUGCUGAUGGGCCUUAAAUCGAUGGCAUUUGCCAACACACUUUUGCUGGGGACAUUCCUGUGGAAAUAUAUGAACAAAUCGAACCGGGAUGAAAACGGGGAAGAUACUGAUGGUCAGGAUAAUGGAACCAACGGGAUGAACAACGAAGUGGAAAAUCGUUUUUACUAUCCAUUCAAAACGGAAGAUUUGGAGCAUAUGGAUGAAGGCGAAAUUAAGACGAUUUUAAAAUUUAUAAAAAUGAAAAAUAAAAAAUUUCAACCAGAAGAGACGAAAAUGUUAGUCAAAGUGCGCCGAAGAACCGCCAAUUUUUACGUGCUUUUGGUGAUUUUUGUGUCGGCAGUAACUGCGAGGAUUUAUUCAGUGCCACCUCGUGAGCAAGUGAAGAACGUGUUUAGUUCAAAUUACCUCCAACGGAGACAAUCAUUCGAUUAUAAUGAUUUUGAUAACAGCAUUGAGGAUGGUUUUGUGUCGGAUGCCCUGCAUGAAGUGUACCCAGAAUACAUUCCGGGACGUGUGACGAAGCCUCCAUCAAAAUUAAGAAAGGCAAAUUUUGGUGAUUAUAACAAAGAUUAUCGCUUCACCACCCGUUUGCCGUACCGUGCACCAGUGAAACCCUUAGAACCUGUAAAGCCCAUGCCCGCUUCGUUCCCGAUGCAACCGGUCCAGCAGUGCAUUCCGCCCGUCGACCGGCGUGUAGCACACAUCAACGGUCUGGAACACAAACUGUCCUACUACGGGAUGGCCAUCGUUGGAAUGAUCAAAACAAUUAUGAUUUUCCUGCUACCAGCGCUGAUGAUCCAGUUUAUAUUAAUCCCCCUAAAAGUGCUAAUUGGGAUGAAGAUGAUCGCACUUGGCAAGGCCGUCGCACUUGGCACCCUGGCGGCAAAUUACUUCUCCAAACCGAAGCACCAAAUGGGAGGACUCAACAGUGUUGCCGGUAUUCCAGCAUGGGUGAUUCCGCUGAUAUUCUUAUUGGUCAAUAGUGGCUCAGGAAGUUCUAGUGCUAGUAAUUCCAACACCAAUACAAACACUAAUACUAAUACGAAUACAAAUACAAACAUGAAUAUGAACAUGAACACAAACACUAACACCAAUAACAAUACAAACAAUAACAACAACAAUAAUAAUAAUAAUAACGGAAAUAAUGGCAACAAUGGAAAUAACGGCAACAACGGAAAUAACGGCAACAACGGCAAUGGAGGAAAUAACGGAGGGGGUAACGGAAAUGGCAACGGAAACGGUAACGGAGGAAGAGUUGGCAAAUACAAUCGAACCCUUACGGACACGUUUUCAAUCGGUGCGGAAGACUUUAGAGGCAUGAGUGAAAGUGAUAUCCGAAUUGUGAUGCAGUUCCUUGAGAAAAGAUAUAAUAGGGAGCCCGGAAUUAGUUGCAAAGUUUGGGGUUGAAAAGUGUCACGCAACGCGCGUGGGAGCUUAAGUUAGUGAACUGUGAUAAAUUUUAAAAUGAGGAGAUCGACCAACAUGUCCGGCGUGCAUUACGCUGUUGCCACCAGUUAUUUUUCGUAACGUCUGUAAUUUUUAAAAAUUAGCAUCCAUACAAUUUUGGUAGCAGUGCAUACAAAAAUGCCUUACAAUUUUUCAAAGAAAAUAAUGUGACAUUUUUUCAACCACUCACACCCUCAUUUAGGUAAGACUAAUAAAAUAUUCUAAAAAUAUGUCCAGAACUUUCAUGUGAACGAUGUGGUUAGGAAUGAGGAAAGCAUUGACCACAUAGGUGGAUUAAAUUAGUUUUUUGAGCUGUACUUUUAACUCGCUGGUUCUCGGGCAUAACUCAAGCUGGAGCGAUGUAGUUAAUGUCUUGAGUUAUGGGCGAGAACAAGUGAGUUACAGUUCCAAAUAAUUUGGAGGGCGUUUGUGUAAGUAUAACAUGAGAUGGAUAUUUCAGAGUUAUAAAAACAGUUAUUUGCAAAGUAUAAUACGCCUCCUGUAAAAUUAAGGAAUCAGAUGAAAUUUUUUUUAAGCUAUAUAAUAUUUAUUUGAUAUUUACAAAAUCAUAACGUAGUGCGUACUGAUUUGUUAAUUUAUUCAAAAAAAAUAAUGCUAAUUUAUUUUAGACAAAUAGGUUUAAUUUAUGAAGAGAAGGCUGACGCAACACAUCUAAAAAAUGUGUGAUUACUAGAUAUUUGCAUUACAUUUAGGUUAAUCAUUGGAAUUUGAUUGUGCAAUAUGAGCUAUUGAUAGGG